UAAGAAAGAAAAGAAAGACUUGUGCUAGCAUUCUUUUCCCUGUCUGUUUUUGUUUUGUGUCUGUCUUCGCUGUCAUGAUUGUUUACACCUAAUUCAUGGUUACCAGACUUUGGUUAAGGUUUUAUAUAACUUUAUCCUUAGAAUAGUUUUGAUCUAAAUUAUUAGAAUUUUAUUUAUUCUUAUUUAAAACUUUAGUUGAAAUUAUUUUAUAAAAUGCUUUAUUCUCCGAAGGAAUCACUAAUUUUAACAUUUUUAAUAUUGGCUACAGUACUUACAACAGCUUGCGGGAUAAAUUGCUAUCAGUGUGCAUCGACCUCUAACAUUGACUGCAGUAACCAGCUCAUCCAGGACACUGAAGAUAGCUCGAUUGAACCCAGUAGUUGCAGUUUCUUGUUUGAAGCGAGGUACUGUAUUAAAGCAACUGGACUACAUUCAGGUGGUCUCGGCACAAAGCGUUUCUGCUCCUCUCUAGACCUGGGGAACUACUGUAACUACAUCAAGCAGCCAGGAGACGUGAUGGAAUACCGCUCUUGUGUCUACACGUGCGACUCGGAUGGCUGCAACGCCAGCCCUCACUUGGCGCAGCUCUCAGUGGCUUUAGCAGUCUCUUGCACUUUGAUUGUUGCAUACAUUCAUCUGUAAAUGUUGUAUAAGAUGUUUUGUCCUCCCCUCACUAGACAAAUCUGUGUGGAUGUGGCCUUUUGCACCAAAAGCUGCCAUUAGUGCUCUAAUGUAUAGUGUAAUAUUAUAACAAAUAUGCAUGGAUUUUAUAUUUUUAAAAUAAAUAGAUUAUCUUUAUUUUAUAAA